AUGUUCAGAACAGCAUAUAAAACUAUGAACCAAUCAAUGGUUCAAAAAUUCAUUGCUGGUGGUGUUGGUGUCACUGGUUUAACUGCAUCAUAUUUGUUGUAUCAAGAUUCUAUGACUGCUGAUGCAAUGACUGCAGCAGAACAUGGUUUACAUCCACCAGCUUACAACUGGCCUCAUAACGGUAUGUUUGAAACAUUUGACCAUGCAUCAAUUAGAAGAGGUUUCCAAGUUUAUAGAGAAGUUUGUGCUGCCUGUCACUCUUUAGACAGAAUUGCUUGGAGAAACUUGGUUGGUGUUUCUCAUACUACUUCUGAAGCUAAAGCUAUGGCUGAAGAAUUAGAAUAUGACGAUGAACCAGAUGAUGAAGGUAAACCAAGAAAGAGACCAGGUAAGUUGGCUGAUUACAUUCCAGGUCCUUAUGAAAAUGAACAAGCUGCUAGAGCUGCCAAUCAAGGUGCUUAUCCACCAGAUUUGUCAUUGAUUGUGAAAGCCAGACACGGUGGAAGUGAUUAUAUCUUCUCCUUGUUGACUGGUUACCCAGAUGAACCACCAGCGGGUGUUGUGUUACCAGAAGGUUCCAACUAUAACCCUUACUUCCCAGGUGGUGCUAUUGCUAUGGGUAGAGUUUUGUUUGAUGACUUGGUUGAAUACGAAGAUGGUACUCCGGCUACCACCUCUCAAAUGGCUAAAGAUGUCAGUACUUUCUUGAACUGGGCUUCUGAACCAGAACAUGAUGACAGAAAGAAAUGGGGUUUGAAAGCUCUUGUUGUCCUUUCUUCAUUGUACUUGUUAUCCAUCUGGGUCAAGAGAUUCAAAUGGACUCCAAUCAAGAACAGAAAAUUCAGAUUCGACCCACCAAAGAAAUAA